AUGGACUCCAAGCUUUCAUUCACGAACGCAAAAUCUGUGGAAAUGGGUAAAGCUGGCAGAACCCUAUCGGAAGGAAAUGGGGUGGAAGUCGGCAGAGUGGCUGCGACUGGCACCAUCAAACGAGACCUUCGGCGACGACAUAUCAACAUGAUUGCGAUUGCUGGGAUGAUUGGAACAGGUCUCUUCCUGGCAUCUGGUCAAGCCAUUGCUCUUGCUGGCCCUGUCGGUGCACUCCUGGGAUAUAUCUUCAUGGGAUUGAUCACCAUUGGAGUUGCCCUUUGCACGGGUGAGCUUUCAGCUUUCAUGCCUGUAACUGGAGGCUUUGUAAGACACGCUACCACUUUUGUGCAGCCAGCACUUGGAACCGCAACUGGUUGGAACUUUUGGUACACCAUGGCCAUCACUGCUCCAGCGGAACUCGUGGCAGCAGCCACAAUCAUCAAUUUUUGGGACAACACCAUCAAUGCGGCCGUCUGGUACAGCGUUUUCAUUUUAAUUAUUGCAGUCGUCAAUUUUUCGGCGGUUCGCUGGUAUGGCGAGUCUGAAGUAUUCUUCGCGGCUCUUAAGAUCCUCCUGAUUGUAGGUCUCAUUAUUGCCGGCAUCGUGGUCGACCUUGGAGGAAAUCCAGAUCAUGACCGUAUUGGAUUCAGAUACUGGAAGAACCCUGGAGUUUUAAACACUUAUCUUGUUGACAGUGACAAGAACACUGGUCGAUUUCUUGCCUUCUGGAGUACCCUUUUGUCUGCAUCUUACAGCUAUGCAAACGUACAAGUCGUCGCACUUGCUGGAGCGGAGACCAGAAACCCUCGGCAGAUAAUUCCGAAUGCCAUCAAGAUGACCUUCUGGCGAGUCGCGAUUUUUUACAUCCUGAGCUUGUUCGUCGUCGGCUUGCUGGUCCCAUACAACGAUCCAAAUCUGGGCAUCAGAACUGGAACUGCUCAGCAAAGUCCCUUCGUCAUCGCAUUCCAGCGUGUGGGAAUCAAGGGACUGCCCUCCGUGAUUAAUGCCGUGGUCUGCACAUCUGCUUUCAGCUGUGGCUCAGCAUGCGUCUUCCUCGCAUCACGCACACUUUACGGGCUAGCAGAAGAACGUCAAGCCCCGAAAAUUUUCCUAAAGGUGAAUCGCUUCGGGACGCCGUGGAUCGCAGUUGCAGCCUCUUUGAUCCUCAUGCCGUUGGUAUACCUCAGUCUCGGAAGCAAUUCGUCUGUGGUCUUUGGGUGGAUGGUGAACAUCACGACAAUUUCAGGUCUUAUAGGAUGGCUGGUUAUCCAAGUUUCAUUCCUGAGGUUUUACUAUGCCAUGAAAUACCAAGGUAUAAGUAGAGACCGUAUGUUGACUCUCGCAAGCGCCUCACCUGCUAUAGACUGA